CUGAUAUAUAAAUGGAUGCAGGAGCAGCUGCCUCUGUACCUUUUGCCCAGCUCCGAAGCCCCCUGGACCAGAGGACGCCUCAGAAUGAAGCUGCUCACCCACAUCCUGGGUCUCUGCCUGGCUCUGGCACUGACCAACGCGGAACACCAUGAACAUGCAUCGGCUGUCCUCGACCGCUGUGAGGGUCUGGAGAUGGAUGCUGUUGCAGUGAAUGAACUGGGGAUCCCAUACUUCUUCAAGGGUGACCAUCUGUUCAAGGGCUUCCACGGCAAAGCAGAGCUCUCCAACGAGUCCUUCACUGAGCUGGACGACCAUCACCACCUGGGCCAUGUGGACGCUGCCUUCUGCAUGCAUUACGAGGACAACACCGCCGACCACGACCACAUGUUCUUCUUUCUGGACACCAAAGUGUUCAGCUACUACCAACACAAACUGGAGGACGGAUACCCCAAGGACAUCUCGGAGGUCUUCCCUGGAAUCCCCGACCACCUGGAUGCUGCCGUGGAGUGUCCCAAGCCAGAAUGUGAUGAAGACUCCGUGAUCUUCUUCAAGGGAGACGACAUCUUUCACUACAACGUCAGAACCAAGGCUGUCGAUAAGAAAGAGUUCAAGUCCAUGCCCAACUGCACCUCUGCUUUCCGCUUCAUGGAGCACUAUUACUGCUUCCACGGACACAUGUUCUCCAAGUUUGACCCAAAGACCGGCGAUGUGCACGGAAAAUACCCCAAAGAGGCCCGCGACUACUUCAUGAGGUGCUCCAAGUUCAGUGACGACAGCGACCACGUGGAGAGAGAACGCUGCAGCCGUGUUCACCUGGACGCCGUCACGUCUGACAACGCUGGAAACAUUUACGCCUUCAGAGGCCACCACUUCCUCCGUAAAGACGAGGGCAGCGACACACUGAAGGCCGACACCAUCGAGAGCGCCUUCAAGGAGCUGCAUAGUGAAGUGGAUACCGUUUUCUCCUACGACGGUCAUCUUUACAUGAUCAAGGAUGAGCAGUUAUACGUCUACAAAGUGGGCGAGCCCCACACCCACCUGGACGGUUACCCCAAACCUGUGAAAGAGGAGCUGGGCAUCGAGGGCCACAUUGAUGCUGCGUUCAUGUGCGAACACGGAGCCGGAGCUCACAUCGCUCACUUCAUCAAAGGUGAACACAUCUAUGAUGUGGACAUGAAGGCCAGCCCUCGCGUUCCAACCAACGAACGUCGGAUCUCCCUCUUCAAGAAGGUCGACGCGGCCAUGUGCGGUCCCGGAGGACUGAAAGUGAUCGUAGGAAACCACUACUACCACUUCGACAGCGUCAUGCUGUUUGUGGCCGGCAGAGCUUUGCCUGAGCAGCACCGAGUGUCUCUGGAGCUGUUCGGCUGUGAUCACUGAGAGGCUUUCUAACAGGACUAAAUACAACACAGCGAGACACGGAAAAACAACAGCACCAACCACAUCCUGCAGGAGGCGCCACGCUACACCUCACCAAACAGACGAUGUUUCAUGCUACUUGUUUCCUUUAUGUGUUCUUAACUCAACAUAACAUUCUGCAUGUUUUAUUUCUUUUGGAACGAUUGUCACUUUCAGGAUUAAGCUCUGUGGUCGUCUACGCGAAGAACCAGAAAGUGUUCUACGUUUUUCUGUGACCGAUUUUGUACAGUGUUGUGAAUAAAGAGGAGUGGCAACAAACAA